AUGGAUUACAUAUAUUUUUAUUUUAUAUUAUAUUCAGUUUCAUCAAUAUUAAAACUAGCCAGUGCCCAUACGUUUAGUGUGAAGAUAGGGACAGAUCAACAUGUGAAUGUUGUUGAUAAACAAUUUUUAAGUUUCACUGUUGAUCCAAAAUAUCUUUUUUCGAACACUGAUAAGUAUAACAGCAAAGAAUGCCUUUGUAUGGCUACGUCACUGAGUCCAGCAUAUCUCCGUAUAGCUGGACCGUCUACAGAUUAUAUGAGCUUUCGCAACAGUAGCAUAUCCAUCGAAGAUCUGGAACCAAACGACCUUGAUGUGGAUCUCGAUCUUGAACACCACAGGAAUGUUCUGGACAAAUUGUUAGAACGGCGUAGCGCUACAAUAAAACGUCAAGUUCGGGAAAAAGUGACAGUCUCAAGCAAUCAAUGGGUACAGUUUGCUAAAUGGGCAAAAACAACAGGAUUUGAAUUGGUGUUCGCAUUAAACAAUGACGUGAAGACGCAGACAGGCAUGUGGGAUCCGAACACGGCGCUGGACAUACUUACUGUAGCUGAGAAGGUCAAGGUUGGGAAAAUGUACUGGCAACUGGGUUAUGAAUGUAAUAAUCAAUCAAUCGAAGAAUAUCUGAACGACCUGGAGACUCUGCGUCUGAUAGUCGAAACAUUCCCAUCUGGAUCAGAAAAUAAGUGGAAAGUUGUCGGUGGCGAUGUCACUAAUUGCCUCCAGGCUGAAUCCAAAAGCGAUUUUAAGGAUUAUGUUACCCUUUCUGUUGAUAUGCUGGAUGCUGUUUUACUUAAUAGUAACUCGUCCUCUCACGAACUAGAACGUAUGUCAGAAUACGACCGCUUGAAGCUUUUAAAGCUGCUGAGUGAAAGUGAUACACCACUCUGGAUUACAGAGAUCACGAGGCGUCAGCAUAAUGAAUUAGAGCGGGCUGCAAACUGGAUGGCCAGCCUCGGUUACUCAGCGAGGAAUGGCUUCUCAGUACAUUAUAGGGAACUCUUGAAAGAAGAAUUGUUCGAGCCAACAUUGAGUUUUUAUAUGGCUCUCUUGUUUAAAAACCUCGUUGGUGAGCGAGUUCUAGAAGUGGAAUCUUCUCAAGCUGUGAUUUUUGCACAUUGUACAUCGCUUCGUCAUAAACCAGUGCACGGCGCGGUGACUUUGUAUGCAGUGAAUAUGGAAGACGAACCAGCAAGAUUCUCGAUCAAAUUAUCAAAGCGAGAAGAGGGUGGCGAUGUAAUGCAGUUUAUACUUGGCCAUGAUCAGAGCGGAAAUAUCGUGGUCAAUGGCCGUGCAAUGUAUUACGAGGGAGAUAUAAAACCUAUAGUUAAACGUGUGAGACCCUAUAAGACACUGCUAAUUAACUUACCUCCGAAAUCCUUCGGUUUUUGGGUAUUAGCCAAUACUAAGGUUGAUGCUUGCUAUAAUACGGCAAGUAAUUCUAAUAAUACAUUAUUAGUAGAAGCUGUAGAUGUUUCUGAUAUUAACAACGCUACAACAAAUAAAAUACAAAAACGCGCAAUUAAUAUAGAAGAUUUUGAUGACUUGAAUAUUACUGAGAUAUCUGAAGAUUUUUCUGACAAUGAUGAGAUACCACUUGAUAUGGAAAAUGCGGAUAUCAAGAACAGAAUAGAAGAUUUAAAUAUAGAAUUAAAAAAAGUUCGUAAGUUAUUUGAACAUAAUUUUAACGCAAAGAAAGGAAUCGAUGUAAACUUACGGAAAAAGCGUCAGAUAAAUUCAGAAGAAAAUGAAGGAAAACAUAGAAAGUUUAAGAAACAUAUAAUAAAACCUAAAUAUGAAAUAAAAAAAAUGUUGGACGAAUUUAAAAAUAAAGCUCUAAUAGGUAAUAUAUUACCAUUAAGUGAGAAAUUGCAUAAUCACAAGUAUAACAGGUUGGACAAACAAAAACGGAAGGAUGGAAUUAGAAAGUUCAAUAAAAAUAAGGAUAUUAAACAAACCUCUAAAAAUAUAGACUACAAAAUGAAGCCUACUAUAGAAAAUGCUGAUAAAAAUACUGAAAAACUCUCUAGGCAUCGUAGAAAUGUUGUGUACAACGAAAAAAGUAAAUUAAUGAAAGACGAUACAGAAAAAGUCCAUGUUAAUGAAAUAGACACAGACGUUUUUGAUAACUCUAAACUUUGGAAAAUUUUACAUAAAAUGCAAAAACAAUUAAACGAAUUACAGUUGCAAAAUGAAAACAAAUACAAUGAAGAUGAUAAAUCAGGAGAAAAUGGUCAGAUUCUUGUUAAAACAAAGGUAUUUGAUGACGGAGCUAGCAUUAAUUUGAGUGAGCAUCCUAACCAUGGACUUAUAAAAACAACGGUUGAAAACAUGUUCUCUGUUUUAGGAGAAUUGAAUACAAACUUAAAUAGAUUUUGGGGUGCUUUAACGUUAUUAGAUUAA